AAUCUGUUUUAUUUAUAACCAUUAUACUUCAUUUAUUACUAACAAUUAGAAUCUAGAUCUAACAUCACUUCAUGCAGAUUUUUAAAAUCUUGAUUACGUUGGCCAUUUGUCUCACAAUCUUAUAAUGACCAUUCUUCUUUUGGCUAAAGUCUUGGCAAAUUUACAAGCAAAUGGAUUGGAUGAUAUUCCUAAAUCACUUAAAACUUUGGAGCAGUUACCACAGAAGUUUCAGAAAACCAUGGUUCUUAAAGAACUCCAGUGCAUGAAUGAGGAAGAUGUAACAUCAUUUUGUGAAUUAGCUUGUAGUACAUACAUGUAUUUACUGCCAUCUGCCAAACUUCCCAGAGCAUUGAAUAAGGUGUUGAAACUGUUGCCUACUACAUAUUUAAAUGAAAUAAACACAAGAAUUGAACAUGAGCUGUUCAAGCUUCUAACACAAGAUGGCCACUCUAAAGUGAAAUCUGUGUCAGCAUUAUUAGAGCAUCAUUCUUUUUCCAAAACCUGUGUGAAGAAAUAUUUCCCUGAAGUGACAUUGCUGAUGGUGAAUGCUUUACGCAUGUUAGAAUCAGUGAAUGGGGCCAAACAAACAAUAGCUGACCUUGAGUACAGUCAUUAUGUUUUUAAGCUUCUCAUUCAAGUAGAACAGCUAUUUCAAGCAGAACUCAAAGAUUUGUUUAACCCUUGCAAUGAUCUGAUACAAGGGAAUAGCAGAAGUGAGGGAAAGCAAUGGGAGCUAAUUGUGGUUUCUUUGUUGAAACUUUUUUUGCAGAUAACUAACAGGGAUGUCUUACUACUGAUUGGAACAGCUAUUGGAAUGUCUUUCAAUCUGGCCUUGACAGAAAAAAACUUCAGAAGUAUUUACAUAGACUUGAUAAGCAUGCUUACUAAAGAGAAGAGUUGUGUUACUUUCAAAGAUGUUGACAUAAAUAUGGACAUGGGAAGAACAGAGAAUGCUGACAUGUCAAACCAAAUCCUUGCUGUCAUUAAAGGAUUACUUGUCUGUGGUGAUACCAAAGUAUUGAAUGAUGAUGGCUGUAGCCUGAUGCUACAUGUCUACCCUCAUGUGUUGAAGCUGUGUCUAGGCCCUGUGCAGCACCAUUAUCUUGCUUUCCAAAUAUUGUCUCUGUGGUAUCAGAAGUUUUUACAAUUUCCACAGGAUAAAAAAGUGCUAUAUAAUUUUCAAAUACUUCAGGGGCAGUCUCAGCACCAGAUUGAGAAAUUAAAAUUUUUAUAUGACAGUGAUGAACAUGUCUCCUCUGAAAGCAAGCAGCUAGAUUGUGAUUCCCAAAAAGUUUUAUUUUCUGUGCAGUGUCCAGUUUUAAGGUCAACUCUUUCUUGUGUUUGGUUGAACUGGAAUAGCCCUGUCGGUGGCGUGACAGAGUAUGUCAUUGAGCUAUUCUCUGUGCUGUUGAGACUAUGGAACAGUACUUUGAGAGAUUGCAAGGACAAUGAAGAUUUAUGUCACCUGUUGUUAGAGCAGUUGGUGAACCAUGAAACUCAGUUGAGGACCAAGUACAGGGCACUUGCCUUGUUGUUACCCUAUGUAGAUGGUUUGAAGCUCGUACAACAACAUGCUGAGAUCAUAGAUGAACUUACUGCGUGCAUGAAAACCAAUCACAUGGCUGCUGUAGCUACAGACUUAUACAAGGCUUUCAUUGAGCAACUUCAGCUAGUUCAUGGAGAAAACUGUACAGCAUUAUGGAAGCAGAUCUGGAUAAAUGCUUUAAUAUCUGGUUUGACAUCUGAAGACAAUUUACAGCGUUCAAAAACUUGUACAUACUGGCUGGUCCCAACACUAAAAAUCAUCCCUGACAGCCAUAUUGAAUUACUCAACUCUCUAGAAGAGCAGUACCAUUCUGAGGAAAGCAAUAGUUUGAAACAUUUGUUUUUGUUUGGGUGGGUCAAUGUACAUCGGUUUUUAAGGGAUUUCAGCCAGGUGGCUUUCCCGAUUGAUUCACUUGAACUUUUACACCAGGCAUUGAGUUGUCCCUAUGAUGACAUUAGAUCGGAGGCGUUCUUGGUUAUUUGUAAUACAAUGAAAAAGGCUGAGCCUCUUUCUGAAGCAGAAGUGAGUCUUUUGACAUUUUUUAUUCCUAACAAUUUGAAAACUGACUCCGCCCCAUUUCGUCAUAAUUUAAUAAGUGGAGUAAGAAAACUUUUGGUGAGGAUCAGAGACAGUUGUUUGACUGCAGUCAACAAGAAACGAACCAAUGAAGAGUUUCUGGAGAGAAGUGUUCACUUUGUGGACUGGUUCUACAAAAUUGUAAUGAUGAGUCUUGCUCCAGGCUCUGCUUACCAGUGUAGAAGAACAUGUGUUGAUAUACUAACAGCCAUAUUAGAAAUACUUAUCUAUGAUGAGCAGGACACAUCCAGGAAAGGGAAAGCACAAGAAUCUUCCAACAAACUUAUCCAUUUUGUGCGCUCAAAAGAUUUGUGGAACUUUUUUAGUGAGGAAAACUUUGUCAUAGUUCUAGCUUGUUUGGAGGAUGGGGCACAAGAGAUUCAAACUCUAUGCUACAAUCUUUUAGAUAAAUAUUUCCAUUGGCCAACAGAGUCAUGUGAUAUUAAGUCUAGUAUACUUCCGUUGAUUCAACAUGCUGCUGCACUGUUACCGAGCCCUCGAGCCUAUGAAGCCCACAGCGGAAAACUUUUGAUGUCCUUAGUAUUGAAAAAAUUUGUUUUGGAUCUUGGGUUGACAUUUUCCUUAUCCUAUGAUGAUAUUGAAAUGCAUUAUCAAGCAGAGUUGGUGUCAGGCUCAACAGACGUUCAGCCAUCACUUGCUUUUGUAGACAUGCUACUAGUACACAUGAAAGGAUCUUUGGAAGUUGUUACCAAUGAUUUGGCCACUGGUUUCAAAAGUCAUCCUAUACAUGGUUGGACCAAGUGUGUUACACAGAUAUUAACUGAUGUGUCUAAAUGCUGGAAAACAGACUUUGAUUCUGGGGCCUGGAGCUCUAGACUUCAAGAAGUUUACUCUCUGAACCAGACCAUCCUAAACUUGAUGCUUGAUGUUAUGGCUGGGGGCACAACAUUAGAUAAUUGUCCAUCAUUUGCUGACAUGGGCACAGCAUUAAUGACUUUGAUAUCAAGUGAUGAAGAUUCAGAAGAGGGACUUUUGUCCAUAUCUCCUGCAUUUCAAUUACUUUUGUCAUGGUGCUGGCUCAAUAUAAAGGAGAGCAGUGCUUGUCUAGGGGAGUUAACUCAUGUUGUCUUACAACAUAGUGAAAAAUGUCUGCUCUCUGUUGAUGUAUUACACAACAUUGGUCAGAUUUUUGUUAAAGUUUUAACUACCUGCCGGCAUAGGGGUGCUAUAGAAGGAUGUCGUGAUGGAUUUUUUAUCUUCUGUUGUUCUCUUCUAUCUAGUAGUGACCCCUAUCUGAACAAUAUUCCAAGGGAAAUAUUAAACCAGCUCCUAGUCAAUUUGUCAGACAACUCUCUGUCUUCUAGUGUGACGAGGAGAUCAGCAGGUCUACCAAUUGUUGUACAAACAAUUUUACAAGCAGCCCACAAGUCUAGAAAUUGUGAUCUGCUGACAUACAGUGUAGAACAGCUUUAUACUGUGGCUUGCAAACCUCUUCCACAUGAUCCAAGCCAACUCCAGGACUUAAGUCAAAGUCACGCUUUAAAUAUUUUAAAAGUGAUAUUCUGUGAUGCCAUGUUAGCUCCAAUGUUGAUGCCUUUGUUAUCAAAGAUGACAGUACUUGUCAUAGAAGGAUUUGAUUCUCCUUCAUGGGCAGUAAGAAAUGCAGCCACUCAACUUAUAAGCACUCUCAUCUCACGGCUACUGGGCCAGAAAAAUCAGUUGAACAGCAACACAACAUUGGCAGAGUUUGGUGCUUUAUACCCAGAGCUUUUAGAUUACUUGGUGUGCAAGCUUCAGAGCUCUUUGACCAUGACCUUGUCUACUUCAUUGUACAUUGUUUUCAAUCUUAUCUCAAAACUUGGUUCAACACACUCACACCAACAGGAGUCUGAUUUAUGUAACCGCCUUCAGAAUUCAGUGUCAGCUUUCAUAUCUAACCCUGUAUAUUCUCUCCGCAAUUUAUCUGCUAAAGCUUAUGUGGUAUUGUCAAUGUGUGACAAAUCUGAUGAUGACCUGGCCAAAGUAUUGAUCCAAAUCAAAGACAGAAACAUUCCAAAGAAUGCACUGCAUGGCUGGUUGCUUUGUGUUCAAAACUUUCUAGUCUCUGAAAAAGUUAGUCAGGACAUGUUUGUAAGAGUCAUUGACUUCCUGUUGACCAAUGACUGGUUACUGAGCUACACUUCUUGUUUGAUGGUCACCAGAAGUGUGAUGGACAUUAUCCAGUUCUGUGUGAUUCAUGGUCAACUCAAUUUGGACCUUGUGACAAAGCUUUGGCCUAUGCUCAAUAAUCUAUUGAAAGCCAUUGACAGCCCAAUAAAUCAGUUGCAGGUGGAUGGGGCUCAGUGCUUUACAUCAUGUUUACAAACUUUACUGGAGAUGUAUAGCAAGUGUCUCAGCACUAAUGAAGUCUACAGGUUACAACUUUGUAACACUCUGACCAGGUCUUUAUCUUCAACAUUACAUGAUGUGAGAGGAGCUGCCCUUGACUGCUUAGAUAUCUGUUUGGCCAAAGGUUCUUUUAUCUCAGAAGCCCAAAUACAAAAAGAACUCCUGGCCCAGAUGUUUAGAGAGACCACAGCCAAACAUUUUGUCAAAAUGGUGGAUAUUGUCAUUAAUCUCAAAUUAAAUAAUCUGUUGCUUCAAGAUGUCCUCAAUUUAAAUAUCUCUAUAGAAACACUGAAAAGUCAGUGGAGAGAGAACAAAUUUGUCACUGAUGUUUUAUUUUCUUUGGAAGGUUUACUUUUUGGAUUAGCCACAAAUGGCUACCUAAGUGACAGGGUUAGACAACUCUGCUUGUGGGCAGAACAGGUUGUUAACUACAGUCAGCUUUAUGUAAAUGAGAAUCUCCGCUUAAUGGCUGCACAAAGUCUCUGUGUUGCUGGUGAAAAUAUUGUAAAGUUCUGCUGCACUUGUACAUCUCCUUCAAGCAUUGCUAGUGUAGUAACAAGUCUGAUCAGAGCCAGUAUUCUACUUCUGGAAGACACAGAGACAGAUGUGAGAGAGGCUGUUGCCAGAUUUGUAUGCCAUACAGAAAACAAAACUUCCCUCCAUUAUGCCUUGUGCUAUCCUCUUUUAACAAGUUUGAUUGUCAGACUACCCCCUAGUGACACUCUGCUGUUGGUACUAUUAGACACUCUGUUUGUUCAAGGUCAACUGAGUCAAUCUUUAAAUGUUACUUUAAAUUGGAGAUCUCAACAGCUUUUUGAGCCAGAACUUGCAAGUGCAUUUUCUGAGCCUCACAGACUACAACUGUGGGCAUUCAGGACUUUAAUGAUGAUCACAGGCAAGGAAAGUCUUAGAAGACUGUUAAAUGAAAAAUUAAAACUUGUUCUGACAGAAUUGACAAAAGAAAACUAUUCCAUACAAAGACAUGCCAAAUACAACGGCUUGUUAAAUUCCAGCUGUAAUGCUAAAGUGAUGUCUGCCAUUCUUGGUAUUAUUUUACUUAGUCAACUGUAUGAGCAUUUCUUGAAAACUUCAACAUUUAAGUCUGAUGAAGGUGACAGUGUUUGUGAGCAAGUGAGAUGGCUACAGCAGAAUACAUCAUUGCAUCCUUUUCUGCACACAAGUUGGUCAGAUUUCAAACAGACAUGAAGUAAUAAUUUUAAGUAACCAAAUGUAUUUGAUGGUUAUUGUAAUAAAGCUGUUAGAAUUUU